AUGUCGUAUACAUUUACUUUAAGUGGUAAAUCAUCUGUUCUAAGCGAUGAUUUUAAUCCACCAAUAUACUUGGAUGAUGGUGAGUACGAAAUAGGAUUAGCAAAUUUUGAUACGUUUAACAAUAUACCAAAUAUUGAUGAGAAAAAUAAUGUCUUGGUCUGGGGUAAAAAUAAUGAAUAUCGAUAUGAGAUUCCAAUAGGCGCAUAUGAAAUAUCGGAUAUAAUAAAAAUUAUAGAAAGAGAAAUGUUUCAAAUUGCUAUUACAACAACACAAAUUACACCUGAUGAAAGAACAUCGAAAGUAACUAUAAAGAGUACAGAAUGGAUAAAUUUUGAAGUUGAUCACUCUAUAGGAAGUUUAUUUGGAUUUACUAAAAUUAAGCUUGAACCAAAUAUUAUACACUCUUCUGUUUACUCGAUAAAUAUUUUAAAAGUAAACACGAUUUGUAUCGACGCAAAUAUUGCCAUUGGCUCGUUUUUAAACGGUAAUCCAGUGCAUAUUAUACAUCAAUUUUUUCCCCAAGUACCAAAUGGGUAUAAAAUAGUCGAGCAACCCCUGACAAUACUUUAUUAUCCAAUUACCAUUAAAACGAUAAGCAAUAUUACCGUUAGAGUUUUAGAUCAAGACCUUUCUUUAGUCAAUUUUCAAAACGAAACUAUUACUGUUCGCCUACAUUUACGAAAAAGUGGAUAA